CCUCAGUUUCCGGCGACAUUUCGACCCCGGUCGAUACCGUUAUUCGCGAAAGCGGUGAAGGAGGGGCAAUCGAGGGGCCGUCUUUUGGGGAACGGGAUAAGGCUUUGCGGGCUGGAAAUCCACGGUUUCGAGCAGCCACAGUUGAUCCCCAAGUUGGCGCGAGAGACAGGGAGGCUGGGGGACUCGCUUAUCAGUGCUAUUGCAACAACACUCGUACUUCUCCUGUCGGCCGGGAUCAAGAAUGGGGUGUCGUUUAGCCGGCGGUUGCAUCUGCCGGAAACGCGACCCUCAUCGGCUUCGAUUGCCAUCAUGUGAUCGGCGGUAUCUCGGUGCUCAGUCAAUUAGAUAAGACAGGCGGUGACAACACUCCCCUCCUGAACAGCAACCCUCGUCUUUACUUGUUGUGUGGCCAUUGUGCGCGUCUCUCCAAGUUUCCUGGAAGGGGACACGUAGAAAAAGAGCUGACUACGCCCAUUUCUACUCUAAAUUCCUGGCUCCUGAAUUACCGGCCUCGAUUCUUAAGAAAAAAGAACAUCAGGCGCCAUGGGACGACUCAACGGGAAAAAUGCCAUCAUUACCGGCGCCGCGGGCGGCAUCGGACUCGAAACCACCAUCCUCUUUGCCCGCGAAGGUGCUUCCGUUCUGAUGGCGGACAUCUCCGAGCCCGCCCUUGAAAAAGCACUCGCCAAAGUAAAGCAACUGGUCCCUAACGCUGUCAAGCUCGAAACCAUCAAAUGCGAUGUGUCGAAAGAGGCCGAUGUUAAAGCCAUGGUAGAGGCGCAGGACUCGUGGGGUGGAUGCGACAUCAUCUUCAAUAAUGCAGGCAUCAUGCAUGCAGACGAUGCGGAUGCCGUCGAUACCCCCGAGAAAAUAUGGGAUCUGACUCAGAAUAUCAAUGUCAAGGGGGUCUGGUACGGAUGCAAGCAUGCAGUUCUCAGCCUGCGCAAGCACAAGAAGAAGAAGGGUAGCAUCAUCAACACCGCCAGUGUCGUAGGGUUGGUUGGAAGUGCAACUCCUCAGUUGGCUUAUACCGCUAGUAAAGGGGCCGUCCUUGCAAUGACGAGGGAGUUAGCAAUCGUCCAUGCUCGUGAGGGAUUUAGAUUCAAUUCUCUCUGUCCUGCACCUUUGAACACCCCUCUCCUGCAAGACUGGCUGGGCGAUGACAUUCCCAAGCGCCAGAGACGCGAAAUCCAUUUCCCAACGGGCCGUUUCGGCGAAGCGAUCGAGCAAGCUCAAGCUGUUCUUUUCCUAGCUAGCGACGAGAGCAGUUUCGUAAACGGCACUGAUUUCGUAGUUGAUGGCGGAAUGACCAAGGCAUACGUGACCCCCGAAGGACCCCCAACGUCAGCUCCCAAAAACAACGCGAGCUAAGCACAUCCUACAGGAAGUAAUAAAUAAUACUGCAUGAUAGAUUUCUAGUAAUACAUAGAAUGGAAAUCUCCUUCUUGCAUUGUUAGAACGACUAUCUGCGUGUAAAAAGACAAAUUCUGACAAGCCCGACAAGAAAUUAUUUAUAUAUAUAUAUAUAUAUAUGUUCAUUUCUUUAUAAACUUUUUUUUUUUUUUUGAAGUAAA